GCACCAGGAAAGGUCAUCUUGUUUGGUGAACAUGCUGUUGUCUACCAAAAGACAGCCGUAGCUGCUUCAUUGGGACUUAGAUCAUAUCUUUACCUUGAGCAGCGUCAAGAUGGACAAUGCCAUUUGUUGUUACCUGAUGUUGGUAUUAACAAAACUUGGGCAAUCAAAGACAUUCCCAUGGGUCAGGCUCACAUUGACAUUGGUUUGUUUUGUUUUACACAUCCAAUGUCAAUGCCUGAGGAACUUAAAUCUCGUUUAGUUACCCUGAUGGGAUCCGUAACUAAUGCAUCACAAGAGAGUGCUAUAAUGGCAUUCCUGUACCUCUUGGUCAUCCUCGGCCCUACCCAAACUACUGGAUUCACCUUGUGCAUGCGCUCGUUUGUGCCUGUAGGAGCAGGACUCGGAAGCUCAGCCAGUUACUCGGUUGUACUUGCAACUUCGCUUUUGAUUUUAUUUGGUCACCUACCAUAUGAUUUUGCAACUUCGACAAACAAAGAAGUUUAUUUAAAUAAGAUUAACGAGUAUGCAUUUAAAGCCGAACAAGUUAUUCACGGUAAUCCAAGUGGUGUGGAUAAUGCAGUAGCUACAUUUGGUGGAGCAAAAUCUUUUAUAAAGGGGAAAGGAUUCUCCACACUUGAAGGUUUUACCUCCCUCCGUCUUUUGCUCACCAACACCCGAGUCCCUCGUUCUACCAGUGCAUUAGUAGCCGGUGUAGGUGCCAAGAGAGCACGUUAUCCUGAAGUGAUUGAUCCGAUCCUGGACUCUAUUGACAAAGUGUCAUUACGCUGCAGAGAUGCACUGAAAAAAUGUGAAAAUCAAGAAUUGACACGGGGUCAAUUAGUCGAAGAAUUGGAGGAUCUUAUGGAUAUUAACCAUUGCUUAUUACAUGCUCUUGGCGUGAGCCACACUAGUCUUGAGACAGUUAGAAGCAUAACCGCUAAACAUGGACUCAAGACAAAACUGACAGGUGCCGGAGGAGGAGGAUGUGCAGUAACAGUACUCAGAGAGGAUACCCAGCAAAGUACUAUUGACACUGUAGUGAAGAGUUUGGGAACCCAGGGAUAUGACUGUUACCAAACAUUGGUUGGUGGUGUAGGCGCC